AUGGCUCAGAGCAUAGAAGCCCAGAACUCCGACAACAAGCCCGACAUCAACGUCACAAACAACUACGACGUUGAUGUCGGCAGAGUCGAAAAUGUCGAAUCUUUCAGCAAAAGCCCCGAUGCAGUCGAUGACAACAUCCUCCUCGCUCAGGGCCACGCCCCCGUGAUGAAGCGAUCGUUUGAUCUAUUGGGCACGCUUGGUCUUGGCUUCAGCAUCACCAACUCCUGGGUGUCAUACGCCAGCUGUUUCGGACAGAGUUUGCUCUACGGAGGUGCGCAGGCGACUGUGUUUGGACUGAUAGUCGCUUGCGCAGUGCAGUGGCUUAUCAUUCUUGGCCUUGCGGAGCAAGCCUCGGCGUUUCCAUCUUCGGGAGGGCAGUAUCACUUUACGUACAUUCUCUCUCCGAAGAGAUAUCGACGAUUCGCCGCCUUUGCUGUGGGCAUAAUCAGUGUUCUUGGUUGGUGGGUGAUUACCUGCUCUGGGAUCUCGAACAAUGUGCAGUGCAUCAUUGGCAUGGUCCUCUUUGUCAACCCUGAUUACCAGCCUCAGAACUGGCAUUCGUAUCUGUUAUACAUCGGGCUCAUCCUAAUCACACUCAUUCCCAUCUUUACCAUCCCGCAGAAGCACCUCGGAAAGUGGACGCAAGCAUGUCUCGCGAUAUCCGUCCUCGGCUUCGUCGUCGUCACCAUCACGAUCCUCGCCAUGAGCGAUGGGUACAACCACCCAAGCUUCAUCACCUCAUUCGAUGGAACAAGCGGCUGGCCUGAUGGCGUUGCCUGGGUCAUGAGUAUCGGCAAUGCCAUGUAUGCUUUCGCUAGCAUGGAUGCUGUGAUCCACGUCGCUGAGGAGAUGCAUCACCCAGGCAAGGCCAUUCCUCGAGCAAUGAAUCUUACCAUGAUCAUUGGUCUACUUACCUCAGUCCCAUUCAUCUUGGCCAUGAUGUUUGUCAUCAAGGAUCUCGAUGCGGUCAGGGUUGCCCAUCUGCCUAGUCUUGAAGUCUUUCACCAGGCUACUGGCAGCAAAUCAGCUGCACUUGGGCUUCAGUCUCUUCUUGUAAUCAUCUUUUACACAUGCAUGCCUAGCCAAUGGAUUACAUGCGGCCGAUUGACUUGGGCCUUCUCACGAGAUCGAGGACUUCCUUACUCCAACUACUGGAAUCACAUCUCGCCCUCCCUCGGCUUCCCUGUUCGCACGACUCUGCUGUCUGUUGGGUUUUGCAUCAUCUACGGACUGCUGUACAUGGCCAGCAGCCAAGCCUUCAACUCUAUCAUCACCACUGCCGUUCUUGGUGUGAACAUCUCGUACGCCGUCCCUCAAGCUAUUACUCUGAUCCACGGACGAGAGAACAAGCUGCCCCCAAGACCGUUUAAACUCGGAAAAGUCGGAGGUUAUCUCUGCAAUGCGUGGACUCCUCUUUGGGUUACGACGAUCGGCAUCUUUAUUUGUUUCCCCAAUGCCAUACCUGUGACUGCGGGGUCAAUGAACUACGUGUGCGUUGUACUUGGAUGCAUGAUGCUUAUCUUGGUUGGUCUCUGGUUCACUGUUCGUCGUUAUUUCGAUGGCCCUGCUAUCGAUUACGAAAUGUUGGGAUUGAGUCGUCCAGAGUAA